UCUCACAGGACCAUACCAGCUGCCAAAACAGAAAUAAGACCUUACCAAAUGAUAGCUUUUAAACCCUUUCAAUGCUAGUUUCACUUCUAAUAUUUUCACGAUGAUGGAAACACUGAACAUUGCAGAGAGGGAAAUCGGAGCAACACUUCCAUCCAUAGAAGAGUGCAAGAUGUCCAGCCCUCCCUCUCAAAGAGUGGUGGAUUCUUCCAAAUGGUCAAACACCAACAGCCAAUCAGAAUCCAAGUCUGAAUGUGUGAACAUUUUAAGCCCCACCUAUUCAGGUGAAGACAUCAAGGCAGAAUCUGGGAUAGACAGGUCAGAUUAUAAUGGGGUGGAGCCAAGGUUGAGUUUGAACAGAUGUGAAGACAUGGGACAGAGAACAGAGAGGACAACUGGAUAUUUGAUGAGCAAAGGACAAGAAGACAUACUAAUCAACAUGAAGGAGGAGGAGGAAGAUGAUUGGGAGUGGCAGAGUGUAAAAAUAAAGACAGAAGAUGGUGUGAGAGAUGAAGAGGGACUCUGGAAUGUAGAAGAAAAAGAGAUGGAUGAACAGAGAGAGGAACGUGUAACUGAUCAAUUUGUCCGAACUGACAAACUGGUGAAGAAUGUAGGAAAAUCAGAACAACAGGAAGAAGAGAAGCUGUCUACUUUGGUGGCGUCUUGUCUGCUAAAACAGCCCAGAGUGCUGAUUCACCGAUUAGAAAUUGAUAAUAGUUCAGUUCCUGUGUCAUCACCUUCUCGUCUCGUGGUCUAUAAAAGUGAUCAGGGAGCGAGCUCUCCAUGGAGACCGCAUGAGUUCUCACCACUGAGAGGAAACCAAUCACAGAGACAGAAGGGUCAUCGUCAUCUUCCAUCUUCAUCAGAGAAUGGGAUCUGUGCUGAAACCUCCCUUAUUUCUCCUGUCAUGUCCCCCAGGAACCAAAACUCAGGAGAAACAGUUCCCACCCCUCCUAAGACACUCCCCACCACAACACAGUCCCACACAGGAACUCCAAGGGCCUACUCAUGCACCCAGUGUGGGAAGAGUUUUAGUCAGUUGUGUAAUUUGAAAAAACACCAGCGGACCCAUACAGGGGAACGCCCCUACCACUGCUCCGACUGUGAGAGGAGUUUUAGUCACAUGGUUAAUUUGAAGAAACACCAGCGGACCCAUACAGGGGAACGCCCCUACCAAUGCUCCGACUGUGAGAAGAGUUUUGCUCGGUCGGAUCACCUGAAGCUACACCAGCGAACUCAUACAGGAGAACGCCCAUACAACUGCUCUUUGUGUGAAAAGAGUUUCAAUAAAUCAAGUACUUUGACAAAACACUUGCGAAGCCAUACAGGGGAACGUCCGUACCACUGCUCCCAGUGUGAGAUGAACUUCAGCUACUUAAGUUCUUUGACGCGACACCAGGAAAUUCAUACAGGAGAGCGUCCGUACUACUGCUCCCAGUGUGGGAAGAGUUUUACUCAGUUACAUACUUUGAAGAUGCACCAACGAAUUCAUACAGGUGAGCGUCCAUACCACUGCUCCCAGUGUGGGAAGAGUUUUACUCAGUCACAUAGUUUGAAGCUGCACCAGCGAACCCAUACAGGUGAGCGCCCGUACCAUUGCCCCCAGUGUGAGAGCAGCUUCAGCACUUUGCAUUCUUUAAAAAUUCACCAGCGAAGGAAAGCAGCCCUACCCCGGUACCCAGUGUGCGAACAGUUUUGCUCGGGCAGGCCAACUGAUGCGAAACCAACAACCUCAUGCACGUGAAUGGCCAGACCCUUGUUUGCAAUAUGGGAAGAGUUUCAGGAGGUCAAGUAAUCUGAAGGUACAUCAACAAACUUUUGUUUUAAUUUCCAAAAUUAUGACUUUCAUUAUGUCUGUAUUUGCAUUUUGGAGAAAAAAAAUGUUUACAUUCAUUUUCAAAAUCUGUUACCCAAAUGUUUAUGAAAUUUUGUUCAUACAGUACAUAGAGUACAUACAGGUGCUCUAAACAUCCAUAGUCCUAAUUUCUUACUGACUUGGCCUAUUUGCCAUGUGUGCUGGAAAUAAUGUCCAUGGCUGUACAACUGUUUCUUUGUGGGUUGUAGCUUAUCUGUAGUUUGUUCUAAUGACCUUGAUCUUUUUUUUUUUUUUGUAUGUUGCUUUGGUGUCUGCUAAAUAAAAUGUAAUUUAUAAAAACAAGAGAAGCCCAGAGAUAGCCUGAUGUGUAUGCUUUGGCACUGAGCAGCAUACCUGCAUCUUGGAGUCCAUGCAUGCCACCAGGACCUUUAUCUGGUUUUGUCUCGAAGGUCUCGGGACUUGCUUCUCGCUUACGAGAAGCUCAGAGGUCCUGAGACAUCUUGCAUAUCUUUGUACUCUGAGGUCUUGUGAUGUAGAUUCUACUCUUGAAACUCAGAGGUUGUGGGACUUGUUUACCUGGCUUCGUACUCAGAAGUUUGUGUUCGGCUGCUAAAACUCAGAAGGUGGGGCUCUGAUCGAGGUGUGGGGCCUCUGACCCAGAAAAUCAGGCAUACACAGGGCGUCAUCACACUUAGAAAUUAUAUGCAUCAUCUCAAGUAGGGCUCAAAGUAUUUGUGAAGCUGCAAGAGUUGGAAAGUAAGCUGGAGACAAGGUGAAAAAAUGAUUGUCUGUUCACCCCUUCAAACAAGACCCCAUGUGGCUAUCGUACUGCUGCCUUGAGACUGCCCAACUCAGACAUUCUGCGCUCCGGUGACCAGACUAUGAGUGGAAGUGAAAAAAACUCUUGUGUUCUGGCUUAUUUGGUAAGGGAUACAUGACAACUAAAUAAAAAAAACAAACAAACAAAAUUGAGGGGUGCUUUUGUGAUCA